AUGUCUUGGGAGAAACACAUCAGUUUUGCAGAAACCACCACCAAGUCACCACAACAAACCAAAAACUCGAACUUGUUCCAACAAGCAAGCAAAUCACCCGAGCUGAAACGGCAUCACAGCACUGCGAGUCGCAAAAAACGAGUCUCCAUUUCCAAUGUAUCAACCGCAAAUUCGGGAAACCCAUCAUCAACAGAUUCAAAAGACUCUCCACUCGAUGCAACCCCAACAGCUUCACCUGGAUUGCCCUCCACUUCAAGUGUGAGGGUAGCGCAAUCGACCAAUCAAAUACCGGCCAGUUCUACACUUACCGUGGAUAAUUUGUCCUCAUUCAAAAGCAUUACAACAUCAAGUAAAGUGAGCAGUGGUGACAAAGGAACUCAAACUCUCGUUGAAGGUGAAAGGUUUGAAAAAGAUUUCUCAUUCCCAGCAACCUCUGUGCCACUCGACGUCGUCAUUGUGUCAAAACCUAUUAUUGAUGUCGAAGCGAACAAUGCAAAAUCGUCGUAUCAUUUAGCUCUACUCAUUACGGCCAUGCUCUCGUUUUUUUGUUUAGGAUUCUUUUCUUUCAUUCCAUUUGUUGUAAUUUAUGCAAAAUAUCAUUCUUCUCAAAGUGAGAAGGUGCAGCAAUAUGUGAGUCGAAGCAAGUGGAUAAUUCUUCUAAUUUUGUUGGGUGAUCUGGUUCUGUUCUUAAUAGCAGCUUUGGUUGUGGUCAUUGUGUUAUUUGCAACAGGGGUUUUCAAAGCAUUAAGCAAAUAA